GCCCGAUCUGGAAUUUCAGGUCUAUAAAUCACCUGGGUUGUGGGGUGCUCAUAAAACUGCUCUCCAUGCCGGUCUGCCUGCUUGACCUCUUGUCCCCUCCCCACUUCCUGGGAGACUGGCCCAAGGACGGACCUGGGCAUAUAAAGAGAGCCUCUGUGGGAGGGGCUGGCCAGAGGCUUUGGGUAGAGAAGGUGAGUUGGGGACCUGGAUGGGCGGGAGGAGCUGGUGAGGUCCGAGGGGCAGGGAGAUCCAGCGCCAAGUGCUGCAGUGACUGCCCUGUCUGAGCCAGUUUCCUCUUCUGUAAAAUGGGCUCCCACCGAGGGUGUGGGGGUGCUGGGCACAUUCAGAACCAGCCAGGUCCCCAAGUGAGCCGGGAGCAGCUGGGGUAUACAGUAGGAGUUGGGGGUGUGGCUGGGCUCUCGCUCACCUCCUGGUCUCACCCCUGCUCAUGUGUCCCUGGCAGGACUAUGGCUUCUGCAGCAGCAGAGGCAGAGAAGGGGUCUCCGGUGGUCGUGGGACUGCUGGUCGUGGGCAACGUCAUUAUUCUGCUGUCAGGCCUGGCCCUGUUUGCUGAGACGGUAUGGGUGACAGCCGACCAGUACCGCGUGUACCCACUGAUGGGCGUCUCAGGCAAGGACGACAUCUUCGCUGGUGCUUGGAUUGCCAUCUUCUGCGGCUUCUCCUUCUUCGUGGUGGCCAGCCUUGGUGUGGGUGCCGCGCUGUGCCGCCGCCGGUCCAUGACCCUCACGUACCUGGUGCUCAUGCUUACCGUCUACAUCUUUGAGUGCGCCUCCUGCAUCACGUCCUACACCCACCGGGACUAUAUGGUGUCCAACCCAUCCCUAAUCACCAAGCAGAUGCUGACCUUCUACAGUGCAAACACGGACCAGGGUCAGGAACUGACCCGCCUCUGGGACCGCAUCAUGAUUGAGCAAGAGUGCUGCGGCACAUCUGGUCCCAUGGACUGGGUGAACUUCACGUCCAUCUUCCGGACCGCCACACCAGAGGUGGUGUUUCCCUGGCCCCCACUGUGCUGUCGGCGAACUGGCAACUUCGUCCCCCUCAAUGAGGAAGGCUGCCGCCUGGGCCACAUGGAUUACCUGUUCACCAAGGCUGUCUGGGACAGAGAGCAGCAGUCGUAGAAACAGCAGAACACCAGUAAAACAACCAACAUUUAUGGAGCCUUUGCUUUGUGCCUGGCAUUCUUCUAAGUGCUUUAAGUUUUUAUCUUGCUUCAGUCUCACCACAGCCUCAUGAGGUAAAGAGUAUAAUUAGCCCAUUUUAUGAUGAUGAACCGAGAGUUCACUUGCUAGAGAGGGAUGAAGCCAGGAUUUGAUUCCAGGUAGUCAGGCCCCAACCAGGUGCUUUAACUACAGCAAGGUGAGUGCAGAGGCCGAGAGAAAUCAGAGGAAGUGAGACUGAGAUUUGAGAGGAGAAUCGGUCCCAGUGGUCUCCCUGGCUGCUUUUAGAGGGCAGUGCUGUCAAGAUCACUACUUCACAGAUGGGAAAACUGAGGCUCAGAGGGUCAGAAUCAUACCUCAGCCCCACAGCCAACAAAUGGCUCAUGGGCUGAACUGGUCCCCAGUUCAGCCCUGCCUGACUGCAGGAUGCAGGCCUUGAACCUUUGUUCUCAGCUGCCUCCAAGUGGGGGAAGGAGUCUCCGUGAUCGGGACUCGUGGGGUGCUGGCCGUCUCAUCUCUACAUGAGGAGGCAUCGGAUUUGGACUAAUCCUAAAGGUGUAUUUCAAAUCCUUGGAAGUUGUGAGUCCCAUGGGAAACCAGCUCUAAACAAAAGUGCCCCCGGGUGAUCACAGCCACCAUCGGGGCAGCACCCACCUAGUGCAAGGCUGGUGCAACACGGCAUCCCUGCUCCCCAAGACCACCACCGCAACCCCACUGCAUAGGCAGGAAGGCCGAGGCCUGAGGAAGGAAGUGACUUUCCCAGGGUGCACAGGGCCUCUCCCCUUAGCGGCCAGCCCCCCGGACAUCUUCUCAGACCUCCAUCUCCUCC